CUCAACAAGCAAAACAUAGUUACAAAUCCAUUAUGCCUCAUAGUUCUUGAUAAAUCUUCGAAUGUUUAAAUUACGAAAUCCUCAUUUUUAAAUGACCCCAUAGUUUGGGACAAGAAGUGUCAUCUAAAACGUGUUGAAUACUCUAACGAAUUAUAGUUAUUUUUUUACUUUAACAUCUCGAGUAUAGGGAUGAACAAGCACCAGUGACAGUGAGUAAUAAUUAUUAUAUUACUAAACCAUUAUCACAAAUUGACAUAAAUUGCAUCGAAACCAGAAUGAAUUGGUGGUGUGGUGUGGCUUGCCCGGCACCGGUCAUCCGACCUAACAUAGAAAUCUUCAAUAUUAGUUAUGAGAUAGACGGGAGGGGAGGUGGUGCACAUGGCUGCCAAGGACGGACGGUCGUGGCGCUACGUUUGCUGCACAAUUCUUGCUUAUUAGAUUAGCUGAAUGCUGCUGCUGCUGCAUGUUUGGAACAGUAGGGCAGUGCAGUGUUAGGCCCAGGAGAUAUUUCAUUUCAUUCCAAGAGUAGCUCAGCUCAGCUCACUAAGGUGCGGAGAGUGGACACACAAGUAAUAAAUAAUUCAGGUACGCCAUUAUUGCCGCUCCAACCCCACCGUUAUUAUUAUAAUAUAACAACCACGGAUCUGGAGAACCCAUAGUAUGCUAUUGUAUUAUUAUUAUUAUUAUUAUUAUUAUUAUUAUUAUUAUUAUUAUUAUUAUUAUGAUGUCGAUGAAUCUAAGGAGGACACAGAAGAACAUGCAUCAAAAUGCGAGACAAUGUGAUGAAACCGCGCAUAAUUAGGUUCUCAAUCUCCAAGAAUACAAACAAUUUAUGAAUCAAAGAAGCCUCCAACCGUAGCAACCAACAAAAUUUCAGACUAUGAAGGAACAAAUAACUCGCUUAGUUGCUGAACUGGAUGCCAGAACUCAAGGAUCUCCUCCGACCAAUAUGGAAGGUAAUCCUAAACUGAAAGAUGUCAAAAUUAUUAGCACACAUAGCUUAGAACCUCAUGAAACAUUUGAUAGAUCUAAAUUUACUCAUCCAAAAUCAGUUUAUGAAGAGAAUUUGAUCCAGGAAUGUCAAACAAAGGCUAAGAACCUGACAUAUGAAGCUAAAAGGGAAACUCCCAUAUGGGAAAAAAAUGGUACCUCAUCAUCUAUUCCUAUAGAGAAUUAUCCAGAACUCAACCUAAGUUUGAUUAUGGAGCUUUCUGCAGUGGCCAUGCAGGACUUUAAGUCAUAUAGACGUAAAAAAUUAUGAAAAAGGGAAUGAAUCAUGUGCUGCAAAAUGCCCACAUCACUUUCCUACCUAACAAAAAAAUUGCAUAUAUGUAAUUGGUAAAAGCGAGAUAGAAAAAUGCUGAAAUUUUGGAAGCAAACCCAUUUUAUGUGAUCGCCAAAAUGGUGGGAAAAGCUCCCAGGGGAGACAUUUUUGCUUUCGGACAUCUAAAUUUUGGAAACAUGGAUAAGGAGAAUUAUGGUCAAUCCUACUCCUCUUAGGAGUCUCCCAUGAAUCCUAACCACAAACAAGAGUCUUAUACCCCAUGAAUUCAAAUGAAGAAACUUUCUCCAUUGAAACACACGAGUUUCUAGAGAUUAUGCGAGGAGAAGAAUGUGUUGCACCAAUUCUGAAGACUAUCAGGAGAAACACAUAACUCUGUGCAAGCAAUGUAAAAGCUUCAUAUCGAGGAAGAGCACUCUGAAAAGUAGACAAUGGAAAAUGUAACUCCCAACAUACAUCACAUAGUACUAAAAAAGUUGUUAAUCUGGUGCACUUUACUAUCACAUGCCUUCUUAACAAGCUUUACGUAACCGAUUCUUUUAUCGACAUUGGGCUAGCCUAAAUGUGAUUAGGACCUUUAUGACCCCAGUUAUCGGAGUAUCGAUUCAUAUGUGACAAGAGGGGACCUUUAUGCCUUAGUUUGUUUUUCUCGACACCAACAAAGCUAAGAGGAGCUAAGAAGACUAAGGAGGGGACAACUAUCAAUACGAGGCAUCAUCGAAGCUGUGGAGAGGUAACUAUCACUCCAUGUCACUCGAGCAGUUUCUCAAGGUAGUUAUUUUUUGUAGCCAUAAGUAGGAGGUGUAAAUGACAAAGGAGUGGGUCGCCAAAUUCAUGCUAGACAAUCCAGUGUCUUAGUUAUCUUUUUCUCUACAAUUUUAGGAAUAGUUGUAGUUCUAGAACUUGCACCGAACCUCUAUACGAAUAGAUAAAUUUAAUGUAGUUUUGUUUCAAAGAUCAUAAAAAACAUCGAACAAACUUGUUUGAACUUUGUUAAAAAAUGUGUAAAUCGUGUUUAGUAACGAUAUUCAUUUGGUUAGAAGUCAAAGGCACAAUUAGUUCAGUUUAAAUAAAAGUUUUCUUGCCACUUGUUGAAUGGAUUUAUAACAUGAUACCUAUCAAUAUAUAUUACAUUUCAGUUAUUAAAAUUUUAAUCUCCUACCUCAUGGACAUAUAUUUUUAUAAUACGUUUUGGAUUAAUUACGAACAUUUUCAACAUGGAAGCGUAAACUAUAGUUUUGCUUAUAUUUCUUUCUUUCUUUCUUUCACACAAACUCCAUGCCGCGCUCGCCCAUUAGAAAAAAUUGUGGUGGCAGCACCAGAAAAAUUGGAGAAUAAUUGCAAAUUGCAAUACUCUUCUACCACCUAUUCCCCCCCUGUUUGUCACCAGGAAUUUCAUGUGAUAAAAGAAUUAGCACAUUACCACUUCAUCCCCCUCCUCAAUCUUAAGAUCUUUGUUCCAUUUACACCAGAUACAUACGCUCUUUGUGAAUCCGUUUCCAUCUUGUUAUUUCAUUCAUCGGGUCUCCUUUUUGCCUCUUGGCCAUUUUCCUACAUCAAUUCUGUUGUGAUUAAGUCUGAGAAGGAGUUUUAGCUUCACGCUAUCAUGGGUGUUUCUGAGGGAAUUCUCUUAGGGAUGGGAAAUCCAUUGUUGGAUAUAUCUGCGGUCGUGGACCAAGAUUUCUUGAACAAAUAUGAUAUCAAGUUGAACAAUGCGAUCCUCGCCGAGGAAAAACAUUUCCCCAUGUACGAAGAAAUGGCCAAAAACUACAAAGUGGAGUUUAUUGCAGGAGGUGCUACUCAAAACUCAAUCAAAGUGGCUCAGUGGAUGCUUCAGUUCCCUGGUGCAACAAGUUACAUUGGGUGUAUUGGGAAGGACAAGUUUGGGGAGGAAAUGAAGAAAAACUGUAAACUUGCUGGUGUUAAUGUUCGCUAUUAUGAGGAUGAAUCCACACCCACAGGAACUUGUGCUGUCUGUGUCCUUGGAGGUGAAAGAUCACUUGUAGCAAAUCUAUCAGCAGCAAACUGCUAUAAGUCUGACCAUCUCAGGAAACAAGCCAAUUGGGCACUGGUUGAGAAGGCUAAGUACUUCUACAUUGCUGGAUUCUUCCUUACUGUGUCCCCUGACUCCAUCCAACUUGUUGCUGAAUAUGCAGCCGCAACCAACAAGGUUUUCACUAUGAACCUUUCAGCUCCAUUCAUCUGCGAGUUCUUCAGGGAUGCACAAGAGAAAGUCCUUCCGUACGUGGACUUCGUAUUUGGAAACGAGACUGAAGCAAGAACUUUCUCAAGAGUUCAUGGUUGGGAGACGAAGAAUGUGAAAGAGAUAGCUAUCAAGAUAUCGCAAUGGCCUAAGGCAUCAGGAACAUACAAGAGGAUUACUGUCAUAACUCAAGGUGAAGAUCCUGUGGUUGUUGCUGAAGAUGGGAAUGUGAGGACUUUUCCUGUCACUCCAUUGCCAAAAGAGAAGCUAGUCGACACAAAUGGUGCAGGUGAUGCGUUUGUGGGAGGAUUUAUGUCGCAGUUGGUUCAAAAGAAACCCAUUGAAGAAUGUGUAAGAGCAGGUUGCUAUGCGUCCAAUGUUGUCAUCCAAAGGUCUGGCUGCACAUACCCAGAAAAGCCUGAUUUCGAGUGAAAAACACUUGGAAAUUGGCUUUCUGAAUCUGGUGUCGAACCACUAUUAUUCUACUAUUUUGUGAUUGUUUUCUUCUAGAUUGGUUCUUGGAGCACAAUACCAAGAAAGCACAAUAAUACACAAUUAUAACUAUAUCUUUUUAAGUAUAUUCAUUUACACAAAUGUGAUCCUGCAUCCUGGCUGGUCAUUAUAAUCCCUCUCACUUCCAUAAACUUCCCUCAAGCAUAUGAAAUCGAGGAAGUUGGCGGUCAAAACAAAACCCAAAAAGGAUUUUUGAAGUAUGAUAUCGAGCUAGUUAAUAAGUUGGACUUAGCAUCGCCAAUAAAAGUAUGCACCAAACUAACGAUACAAAUCAUCAAAGCAAAGUGAAGAAAUAAAGCGGGUUAUAACUAGUUGAACCACGAAAAUACAGCUUCAAGCUUAACAAAUGACCAACAAUCUUGGUGAUGAAUUGAUAAAGUUUUAAGCGAUUUCAUGCGUAAAAUUCAGUUGUGAAUUCACACAGAAAACUCGACAUAAUACUUUUGUCUAGUACUCAAGGCUUUAUAAAAUUUGCAUGUAAAAUGCCCUAUACAAAAUCUGUUGGGAUGAAUAGCUUUGAAAAGCUAUAAUGAAAUUCCUAAUUAAUUAUCCAGUAUUUUUCUCAUAAUACGAAAUUAAGAUGGAUAAUUAAUAAAAGCAAUAUUAUGGAGAUAAUUAGGAAUAAUUAUCUUAAUAGAUUAUAUUUUAAUUAUGGGAGUAAUUAUCUCCCUAAUUAAAAUGUGACUUAUUCCCAAAGAAAGAGGGAAUAUUCCGGGUUUUCUGCUCCUAUAAAUAGGAGACUACCCAGACCCUCUAAACACACCUCAGAAGAGCAGAAACACGAGAGAGAGUGAAUUCAUAGAGCUCCGGUUUUUUCGCACAAAACCGAUGAGCAAGAAAAUUAGAGUGGCUAUUUUAUCCUGGAGGCGACCGGCUGAUAGUCUGUUGUGCGAAUAACGAGGCAGUGCCGCGAACGUCUUAAAGAGAGCGACCUAGUCCGCGACUCAGCCAGAUCGGUAACCCUAAUUUUUCUUGUUCGGUUUCUAACAAAAUCAACUUCUAUUUAAUUAGGAAACAUAAUACUAUAUGGUGCCUUCUACGGUAUCUCGGGUGAAAUCCGGGUUACCGCAUACCUUGAGUAUGAAAACGCUAUCAAGACCUCGAAUUAGAAGGAUUUUUGGGCAUGAUACUAUACCCUAACCCUUAAUGAGUGAACCCUAGGUCCUAAUUAUCUAAAUUAUAAACUAUAAACCCUAAGAUGAUGCAUUAUUUUUUUGCCUACAUUUGGACGAAUCAUAACCGUCGACUAUUGUUUCUAAUUAAAUUUAUCUUGGGGUAUAAGAUUUAGAGAUUUAAGACCUAGAUCUUGAUCUUUAAGGGUUAGAGUAUAGUAUCAUGUCCGAAGAUCAGUCAAUUCAAGUUCUUGAUAGCAUUUUCUUACUCAAGGUAUGUGGUACCCCGGAUUUCACUCUGGGUACUGUAAACUCCCCAUAUAUAUAUAUAUAUCGUACGCUCGGAUGUACCCUAGCCUACCGUAUGUCCGUUGAGUUUUGCUAUUUAGACUAUGAAUGAACCGGAGUUUGGGGCAUGAUAUUAUACCCUAACCCCUAAUGGGCCCCGUCCACAAUUCACUAACCCAAAGCAUAAUACUCAUUUAAUCUUGAAAUGAAAAUCAACGGUUCUGAUUCGA